CGGGGUCAGAGGUCAGCGUAGCGGUGGGGGAGGAUGAUGGUGGCGGCGGCGGCGGACCGUAACAAGGAGCCGAUCCUGCGGGUGCUGCGGCAGUACGUGGACCCCGGCCGGCCCGCCGUGGAGGUGCUGGAGGUGGCGUCCGGCUCGGGCCAGCACGCCGUCCACUUCGCCCAGGCCCUGCCCAACCUGCGCUGGCAGCCCUCCGACGUCGACCAGAGGUGCCUGGACAGCAUCGCGGCCUUCACCUCCACCCUGAAGCUGGACAACGUGAAGCAGCCGCUGUUCCUGGACUCGUCGCAGGGCUGGGAGACGUGGGGGUCGAUCCGGCCGGGCUCCCUGGACCUCGUGGUCAACAUCAACAUGAUCCACAUCUCCCCUCUGAGCUGCACCGAGGGGCUGUUCAAAGGAGCCGGGCAGCUGCUAAAGCCCAAAGCCGUGCUGAUCACCUACGGGCCGUACUCGGUGAGCGGACGCAUCACCCCGCAGAGCAACGUGGACUUUGACCUCAGCCUGAGGCACAGGAACCCGUCCUGGGGCCUGCGAGACACCACCCUGCUGCAGGAGUUGGCCGAAGCCAGCGGCCUGCGCCUGGAGAGAAUGGUGGACAUGCCAGCCAACAACAAGUGCCUGAUUUUCCGGAAACAGUGACCUCCGUCCACGGGGGGCCUUCCGGCUGCAGGAUCCCCGCUCCUCCCCCGGUACUUGCUGGCAGAGUCGGGGCAGACGGGGCCCGGCGGUGCAGGGAUCGGAUGGGUGUCGGGGGAGGGUGUGUGGGGGUGUUUGUGCCCCGGCCGCAGCCAGAGAGGAGCUGUCCUGCCCGCUGCCCCGACUUUCGUCUCCUCCUGCAAGUUGGAAGGCCCCGGGGGCUGGCAGGACCCAUAAAAGG